AGUGUCGCUGGCGACGGAGGACCGACAGGCGGCGGCGGCGGCGGAGGAGGAGGGUGGUCGGUGUGUGGUGCUGGAGCUUCGGCCGAGAGAGGUGCGGGAGAGCCGAGCGGAUCUUCAUAGCUCAUCGCCAGAUACGAGUCUCCAAGCUGUGAAUCGUAUGGGUUUGCCAGUCCUCUUUCCACUCUCCGGAUUUUGUUUUAUUUUGAUUACCUUGCUUGCUCAGUCGGCACACCUGUUCCCAGCACUUCCCAAAGUCAUUCAAUCGGCAGCCAACAACAUAACCUCACCAUGACCUGACCGUUUUACACCCUAUCGACCUGAGCUCGUUCGUACCUGGUAAUCUGAAAUGACUCUGAUCGUGAUGUGCUGGUGAACUGAGUGAAAACGACUCUGACUCUAACACUUGCGCUGGUCGGUCGGCCGGUGAUGGUACGAGAGUCAUCACGAUGAGAACUGCGUCCGAAGAGAGGAUUAUGAGUGUCGCCGGGUCGGAUCAGCGAGCCACAGGCACAUUGCUGCUCUGUCUACUCUUCACAGCGGGUCUCGGCCCGGCGUCAGCCGAUGCGCAGACAGACAGCGAAGUGCCGCCUCCCAGCUUCAUAACGAGUCCCAGGUCGUUCGAGGCCAGGGAGUGGAAGGACGUCGUGCUACCGUGUGAGAUAAAAAACAGAGGUCCCUACAUCGUGGUCUGGAAGAAAGGCCGGCGUGUCAUCAGCGCCCGAGAGUCGAUUGUGGCGCGCGACACGCGCUACAGCCUGGUGGACGGCUACAGUCUGCGGAUCGCCAGCGUGCGGCCCAGCGACCAGUCUUCUUACACGUGCUCACUGGACACGGAGCCGCUCACCGAGCUCACCCACCGGCUCGACGUGCUCUAUGGUCCAGUGGUGACAACAGCUCCGUCCAAUGGAGUGCUAGUGCUGGAGCGAGGCAAGGAGGCUCAGUUUGAAUGCUCAGCGACAGGAAACCCCACGCCGACCGUGUUCUGGAGAAAACAGGUGGGCCUGUUGCCCUCUGGCGAGGCCCAACACGCGGGCAGCAGCUACACGAUCUCCGAGGUCACCCGACAAAUGGCCGGGGUGUACGAGUGUGUCGCCCAAAACGGUCUCGGCAAGCCGGGGGUCGGCACCGUCAGUCUCCAGGUUCAGUAUCCGCCAGAGGUGGAGGUGGAGCACAGCGUCGUCCACUCGGGCCAGGGGUACAAGGCGCAGCUGGUCUGCUUUGUGUUCGCUGACCCACAAGCUGAGGUGCGCUGGCUCCGAGACGAGGGAGCGCUGCAGCCGAGCCGCCACGUCCCGUCCGAGGAGGUUUUGGGCGGCACGCGGCACGUGCUCACCAUCGGGCCUGUCCAGAUGGCCGACUUCGGCACCUACUCGUGCCAGGCCUCUAACCCGCUUGGCACCGCCACCGGUCGCAUGGCACUUUCAGGUGCCCCCGGACGCGCUCACAUUACGAGCAGCCCCAUCGGCGCGGCACCGGACUCUUACCAGCUGUCCUGGGAGGUCCGCAGCUACUCACCAGUGCUAGAGUACAAAGUCGCCUACGGACUCGGAAAGAACCUGACGCGUGAGGACCGGUCGGCCAGCUGGCGCGAGGUGCUCGUACCGCCGACCGGCAGUGAGGUGGUCGGAGACACUCUGCACAGACAGCAGAUCCCACUCACCAAACUGCGACCGGCCACCACCUACGAGCUGCACGUGCAGGCGCGCAACCGGCACGGCUGGAGCGCCGUCUCCGACCUGUUUCACUUCUCCACUCUCGCCAGGGGAGAGGCGCUCGAGUCGCGGAGUUUCAGUCGGGCCGCCGGUCUGAAGGCACCCCCUGGGCUCUCGCUGCUGGCUGCCAGCGCCGCUCUACUGUUCGUGAUAGUCGCCCUGCCAACCGAUGAGGACAACACCUGAGAGAAAAAACGUCCUGGUUUUGCCGGGAUGGGACACGGCCUUCCACACCAUAGUUCACGUGAUUUGAAGAUGACCCCGCGUCUAACCCGUGCACACCUGCUGUGACAGAGUGGACGGAAAGAGACGCUCCGGGAUGAGGCUUGGUGUGAAGAGCCGCAACAACAGUCACAGUGGCCAGGGGGGUGUGAGCGGUGUUAGAAAGCUGCCUGAGAGGUUGGUGCCCGCCCAGACUGGCUUAUCCGGCUGAUGGAGGCCCUAAUGAGCGCAUCAGCCACUCGGGACGUUUGCCCGAGUUCGUUGUCACCUUCAACACCGUCACAUACAGUGUCACUGCUGGCUGCUGGUGGGCUGGAUAAUUCUUCAUUCCGUGAGGAGUGGAAUGCGAGUGAAUGAACAUGAUGACUUACCUGUCGAACAUCCGGACAGAUUCGGAAAACAUUUACCGGUGACUGUUUGAUGGCGAUGUGGCGUGACCGCGCUGUACACUCUGCACAGUGCAAGAUGUGCACAAUAGUUAUGUGCGGCGUGCACUUUAUGUGUGAUGUGUAUGAUGCGUGCAAUGUGCAGUGUGCUGUUUCCUAGCUGUGAUCUCUAUCGUCACGGUUCGUGUGGAUUGCCUCCUUUCUAAAGCCGGUGUCAUUCAGAGUGUCUGCACUUUGUGCGAACAACAAAGGCGGCAGUGCUCCAGCGCGCUAGCGGGUCGUAAAACUUUGCGCUGAGAGCCGCGACAGUGUGUGAUGCCUCCGAAGUGUUAAAGCGACCACCGCAAAACAUUGUGUGGACAUAGCGUGGGUGAGCGCACCGUCUCCCUUUGAAACUGCACUUCUUGUGCCGGAGGGUAUGCGAUUCUCUCGGCACGGAUACACACUUCAAGAUGAAACGAAGACAAAUCUGUAACCAAAGAUUCGUUGAUGUGUGUGUCAGUAUUGACGUAAUGUUUCCCUGUUCUGUUGCAUUGUCGCCUCUUUAUACCAUGUGACCGUAAAGGCACACGCGAUUGUUUUCAAUGCACAUGCGGUUUGUGAAAGAAAAAUCAUACAACCGUGCUCGAUGUUACGUAGCUGUUCAACAUUCUUGUCUCUGCAAUGCAAUGUUUUGGUCGCUUAAACUUGAUAUCAAGUUUUUUGCUGUGGAUAUGUAUUGACUAUUGAACUCCGAUGGAUCACUAUUUAUUGGUUGAUGUUAUUAACAAACAGUUACAAAAUUACGCUGAAGGUGUGAUACUCAAGCAUAGUGUCUCAAGAAUAUGUGAAAUACACCGCAGAUUGCA